UAAAAAAUAAAAUAUGACCAUACAGGUAUCUCUGAACUGAGAACUUGGCCAGAGGCAAGGGGGAAGAAACAUUCAGUUCAGAUUUCAAAAUAAAUUCAACAGAAGGAUGGUGCUGGUUGUAAGAACAACUCAGUGCAAGCAUUCAUUCCAAGCCAGUUCCUCUUUAUUCUCCUGUUCUACAUUAUAUAAGUGCAUUUUACUUUCAGGUCACUUUUGAAGAAAGAGAAAGCAAUACAUUUUCAUGGAGAAAUGGGAUCAGAGCUCACGUGAUUUCAUUUUGUUAGGAUUAUUACCACAAAUUCACAUAGGCCUACUGCUUUUGCUGCUCAUCAUCUCCAUAUUCUCUGUGGCCUUGCUUGGCAACUCAGCAAUGAUCCACCUCAUUCGUGUGGAUCCCAAACUCCACACCCCCAUGUACUUUCUGCUCAGUCAGCUCUCUCUCAUGGACCUGAUGCAUAUCUCUACCACUGUUCCCGAGUUGGCAUUCAACUUCCUCUCUGGCCAGAAAAGCAUUACCUUACUGGCUGUGGAGUGCAAUCCUUUUUUUUUUCUGAACAUGGCAGGUUCUGAGGGCUUGUUCCUGGCCUCCAUGGCCUAUGACCAUUUCGUGGCCAUCUGCCACCCUCUUCAUUAUCCUAUUCCCAUGAGCAAAAUGAUGUGUCUGGAGAUGAUCAUAGGAUCUUGGACACUGGGCUCCAUUAACUCCUUAUCACAUACAGUCUAUCUCCUUCACAUUCCUUACUGCCAUUCUAGGUCCAUUAACCAUUUCUUCUGGGAUGUCCCUGCCAUGUUGCCCCUGGCCUGUAAGGGCAUUUGGGUGUAUGAGUACAUGGUAUUUGUGAGUACAAGCCUGUUUCUUCUACUUCCUUUCCUUGGCAUCACAGCUUCCUGUGGAUGGGUCCUUUUUGCUGUCUUCCAUAUGUGCUCAAAAGAAGGAAAGAAAAAGGCCUUCACCACAUGUUCAACUCACUUAACUGUGGUGACAUUUUACUAUGCACCUUUUGUCUACACUUACCUUCAUCCCAGGAGUCUCCGUUAGCCCACAGAAGAUAAGAUUCUGACUGUCUUCUACACUAUCCUCACUCCUAUGCUCAACCCCAUCAUCUACAGCCUGAGGAAUAAAGAGGUCCUGGGGGCCAUGACAACAGUCUUUGGGACAUUCUCUUCCACAAAAACUUUGUCAUUUCCUCUCUACUCAUAUUUCAGUCCCUGGAGAAUGACAGAGUAGUGUUGCCUAUUGGAAAUGUAAUGUGUCCCCCACACAUGUCAUACCUUUCUGGUGACUUAUUACUGGUUAAGAUUAAAUAAUAUGUUCAUUAUUACAUAGUAUAGCAAUUAUUCACAUGUUUAAAUCACAACAUUAUAGUCAAUUAUAUCAAUAACAGAAAUUUGGCAAUUACUAUUCUAACAUAAUAUGACACAUUAUACCU